AUGGCAGAACCCGUGUCCGUCCUGUUCGUGUGCCUUGGCAACAUUUGCCGGUCGACCAUGGCCGAGGGGAUUUUCCGGAACAUGGCAAAGCAGCCCGAGUACAGUGGCAAGAUUGGAAAGAUCGACUCCUGCGGAACUGGUGCUUAUCAUGCAGGAGAAUCACCGGAUUCACGAACCUUGUCGACCCUUGAGGACAAUGGUAUCACAGACUACGACCAUGCAGCCCGCAAAUUUUCCACAUCGGACUUUUCCAAGUUUGACUACAUCUUCGCCAUGGAUCGGUCCAAUCUGUCGGACCUGACGAGACUUCACCGAAACCACCAGGACACCAAGGCCAAGGUGAUGCUUUUCGGAGAGUGGAGCGGAGUCGAGGGUAGGGCUGAAACCGUCAGCGACCCUUACUAUGGUGGCAGAGACGGGUUUGAGAAGGCGUUUGAACAGUGCUCGCGGUUCUCCAGAAAUUUCCUCAAGGAAGUUGUGGGCGGAUCAAAGGAGUAG